CCCACGGAGCCCGUCCCCGUGGCACCGGGCACCGAUCACCAUGGCCGGGCGGAUCGCCAAGGAGCUGGAGGAGGCGCGGAGCUGGGAGGGGGCCCGCGACGUGCGGCCGCUGGACGGGAACGUGCGGCGCUGGACGGGACUCCUGCUGCCCAACAACCCCCCAUACAACGCUGGCGCCUUCCGCUUCGAGCUGACCUUCUCCCCGAACCACCCGCAUGAGCCGCCCUGCGCCACCCUCCGCACGCCCAUCUACCACCCCAGCGUGGACCUCGAGGGCCGCGUGUGCCAGCCCCUCACCAGCCACGGGCACUGGGAGCCCGCCACCCGCGCCAUCCAAGUGCUCCAGGACCUGCUGCUGCAGCUCGACAGCCCGGACCCCCGGCGGCUGCUGCGGCCCGACGUGGCCCGGGAGCUGCAGGAGCGGCCCGAGGAGUUCCUGCUCCGGGCGGAGGAGCACACCCGGCUCCACGCCGAGCCGCGCCCCCAGCCCCGCACAUAG